UUGCGAGACUAGUGAAUGCUGUCCGCUCUCUCACCCCAACAACGCUGGCUGCGAUGCUUCUCCUUCCGAGCACCUGGCUCCCUCUCUCCACCUCCUCCUCGCGGGUCUGGAAGGCUGGGGCGUCUGCCGCCUGCUCAGGCUUGGGGCGGCAGUGCUCAUGUGGAUCACCCACGCCACAGGCCUUCGGGAAGCAGGUUUUGCUGUGCUACAGCUCUGGAACCAGUCUUCGGAAAAACUCGCUGAGAAGGCCAGGAGCACAGGUCUCCGGGCACUGCCUGCCUGUGCCCUCGGGCCUCUCGUCACACUGCACUGAGGACCUGCAGGCUCCCCCGGGGAGGGCAGGAGGGGUCUGUCUGCCUAAACGACUUUGGCGACUCUGGCACGUCUGCUGUGCUGGGCCUGGGGCCGCACGGCUUGUGGCUGUAGUGUCGUUCUGUCCCACAAGCCCAAAGAGCAGCAAGACCCACAGAGACAUAGUGUCCAUGGAUGCACAGGCGCUGAGGAAGAGGCUCAGCUACACCAGCAGUGAGGCAGCCCGCGCCCUGCUGGCCAAUCUUCUGCUCUACGUCCUGGACCGAGCUGAAGGGCCUCCGAAGGCCAAGGACGGGGAGCAUAGAGCCAGCUGCCCCACCCUGCCCCAAGAGGCCAGCCGGCGGCCCACACGCUUCCAGCUUCUGCAGGCCAAGUUCAUGGGCCGGGGCCGGGAGCCCCCCCUGAAGAGGACCCGGGAGGUGGGCCGGCUGAUCUCCAGGGACAGGCAGGGGCCUGGCCGGAGCUUCGUGAACGCCACCAUCAGCAAACUGCUGGAGAAGGCCCAGGGGAGCACCAGCAGCCCCAGCCAGAGGCCUGCAGCCCGAGAGAAGCCCUGCUGGGGCAGCCCAGGUGGGAAGAGCACGGUGAAGAACAUCCUGAGGAAGUUCCUGGCUGCGGAGGAGAAGGAAGCACGCGAGCGCCUGCCCAGCCUGAGGCCUGGCUCCACCAGGGGCCCACUGCUGAAGGUGGCUGGCAGAAGCACCGUUCUCGCCCAGCUUCGGGACAGGUUCGAGCAGAGUGGCGGCCUCCAGCCGGAGCCCACGGUGUUGCCAGUGCACAGGGAGGGCCGGAGGAGCCGGGCCCUGCGGAGGAGGAUACAGCGGCCAGAGCCCCGCGUGCUCCACACGGCCACCAUGGCCGCCAGCUGCACCAGGACACCCCCUGCCCGCUUUCUGGCCUGCACAGCUGAACCCCUGCCGGCCCUCAGCAUCGCCACUGUGGUGGGCAGCCCCCGAAGCUGGCUGUCCUGCUGCACCAAGAUCAGUCACUUGGAUGCCAGGCGUCAGGCCAGGACAGAGGCCAGCCUAUACCCCGGCGUGGGGCACGCAGAGCCUGGUGGGAAUGAAACCCCAAGACUGGGCAUCCUGAGCGGGGAUCCCAGAGGACAGUGGAAGCCUUCAGAGUCCUCUGUGCCCCAGGCCACGGCUCCGUGGGACCCCCACCUGGCCCUGAGCAUAGCAGGUGCUCCCCAGUCAGAAUCCCCUUGUGCUUCCGGCAAAGAUGGAGCCCUUCCAGGCCAUAUGCCCGCUGUGGCCCUGCUCCGUCCUGCCAGCCCCAGGGAUGCUAGGCCAGCUGGAGGUGACAGGACGGUGGAACCCACAGCAGCAGGGGCUGCAGGCCACAUCCCCGGGGUAGAGGAAGGCGCAGGGGAGGCCCCCCAAGUCCCCAUGACCAUGUGCGGCUCUGAGGAUGAGGCAGAGGGCACUCUUCUGGCCUCUUCGAGAGAGCUCCUCUUUGCCACCCAGGGGUGGCUACCCAAGCCUCAGCGGGAGGCCGAGCCCUGUGUGCCCCCAGCCCCUCCAGCUCCACAGGCGUGGCAGCACACACAGCCAGGUGUGGGGUCCCCGCAGAUAACCGUGCGGCUCCCUGCUGUCCCCCGGAUGCCAGCCGUACGCACACCCCAGCGCAGCACACUGAGCCCCGGGGCCCGGGGCCCUCUGGUGUCACAGGGAGAGGCUGUGAUGGGAAGGGCGGCCCCUAGCCCUGUGGCAGCAGGCAGCAGGGACACCCAAGCCCUGGCAGGGCUCAGCAGGCCAGGCCAGGUGUCAGAGAGCUCCCUGUCCGCAGAGCCAGGACCUCAGGGAGCCCUGAGAGAUGCGGCGGGCAUGGACCACAACACCCCACAGACGGUCCUGACGCCAGAGCCCCCAAGAUCUACUGGAAAGGGAAACCCCUGCAGCCAGCCCAGGCCUUCAGGACCCACCGUCUCUGUGUACAGUGGCGAGAUCCAUGCCUUGCCAGAAUCGAAGGAAACUAAGAUGCUGAGUAAGGCCCCCUUGUCCCAUCACCCCACAGCGUGGAAAAGCCAUCCAGCGGGGAGCGCCCACGCUUCCCCUGCCCCUGCCUGCCUGCCAGGGCCGGGUCCCCAGGAGAGAGGUUCCUUGCUGGCAGUGCCCCAGGAUUGCAGACAGCCUGAGAGUCCUACCUCCUUGGACCAGAGCAUCUCCUGUGGCCAAGAAAAGCCCCCAGGGCUCCCGACAGAGCCGGCUCUGCCCCUGGGGAUGGCCCCAGGAAACCCCAGCACUGACUUGGGCAAGAACCGACCACCCUGGCAAGGUGAACAGCCCAAGACAGGCAUCCCAGCCUCCAGGGAGACAACAGCUGCAGGGAAGGCCCAGGGUCCCACAGCUCCACUUGCAGGUCCCCAGAAAACACUACCAGCUGACCCCCAGACAGCACCACAGGCUGAGGCCCAGGCCCUGGAAAGGAAGACAAUAGAACUGACUGCUUUGGAUGAGGAAGGAGGCAGAGCGCUGUCUGCAUGCCCCUGUGCCACUGCAGGAGGGGGGCUCCCCCGUGAACUGGCACCGAGCAGGCCCUCGAUGCACAGGAUAGGAGCCACAGAAGGGGACACUCUGGGCCAGGCCCAGCACCAGGCCCCCAUAAAGCCACCCCCUACCACGAAUCCGGAGGACACAGCUGAGCCCUGCCCUGCCCUUGUGGUGCCACGGCCGUGUGCUCCAAGCGACUUGGAAGUGAGCAGCCCUAGUGCAUCUGCAGAGGACGUCCGUUCCAUGGGAGGGAGUGCUCUGUGUAACAGCGUGAUGUCCCAGACACCGACUGCCAGGCACCCCCAGAGUUCCAAGGGCUGCAGCCUGGGCCAGCCAGAUCCAGCCCCUACGGAGGAAGCCCUGCCCACCCAGAGAGCCCCAGAGCUUGCUGCCCCUGGCCGGCAGGCAGAGCCCAGGGCUGUCCCCAAGGCCGAGAGCUCAGGCCCAGCCCCAGCCCCAGCAGGCAUGGGGCCCCCAGAGAGUCACCGUGGGCCUGUGCACUCACAGCAGAUAGGACAGUGGGAUAGUCCUGGAGCAAUGAUGACACCUGUGGGCCAGGAGGUGGGGGGGUGCGAGCCAGGGCCUUGGGCAGCUCUGGACCUGGCAGGGAUCGAGAAGCCAGCAACAAGGGAGAAGCUGGGAGCUGCCAGAGCCCGAGACCAGGAGCAUAUGCAGGGGCCCAGGGUCGGGCGGGGGAGCAGCCCGGCCCAGGGAGAUGGUACAUGGGCUGCAGCGACCCCAGCUGCACAGGCCCAGGGCUGGGCCAGGGGCACUGUGUCCCCAGCCACGGACCAGCCUGGCAGUGUGGCCAAGGGAGCACCCACUGUCAGCACCAGCAGGGACACCUCAGCACCAGCACCCAGCAUCAGCAGCCAGGGCAGCCCGAGCACCAGGCAUCCCACCCGAGGGGACCAGAGCACAGAAGCCUGUCCCCCAGAGCCCGUGGACGGCCCUGGCCUGCUCCCACCUGACGUGGGGAGCCACCAGGCCCCACAGGGCCCAGCCCAGGCAGGGGCCCCAGUCACCCCAGGGCCAGAGAGGGAGCGGUCAGAUUUGGAGCAGCACAGGAGGCUGGUGCACUUCGCCAAGUACAAAGCCCAGAGCUUCAGUGACCAGAGAGCCUUCGACCUGUCCUUUAGGCCCGUGGUCCUCGGGGCCAGCAACAUCUUGGAGGCACCCAAGUGAGAGCCCAGUUGGGACCCAGCACCUGGCCAGCAUGGGGGAGUCGUUCGAUGUUCCCUGCCUCCAGGUGCUCCUAGGAGCGAUGUCUGUGCUCAUCUUCCCCUCUCCCUUUCUCCCCCUGCCUGGGCUGACCUCAGGCUGCCUUGGGCUGACCCAGGGAGUGCAUCCUGCAUGGCGCUGUGCAGGUUCUUCAGCUUUGCGUUUUCCUCUUGGGACGAGGAAGGGGCCGGGCUGGGCCUGCUGCUGUUCGUGUCCCUUUGCUAUUCCAGGUCCGGGAGGGCACAGCUCAGUGCACGCCCACCCUCUCUGCACCCUUCAUGUACUUGGGACCUCUGCUCCCCACCUGCUCUCCAUCCCUGCAUGACCCAAGCCACAGGGAUGCCCCAGGUAGAGUCAGAGGCUCAGCAGGAUCUGGGCCUCGGUCAAGAACCUGCUGGUCCUUACCACAGACCACGGGAGAUGCCCAGCAAGCACAGGGAGUCACAACAGUGUCCACUGACUCCAGCUGCUGCUGCUCAGAAACUGGCGGUUAGGAGAGCCCCAUCGCCAGAGUCCUGUUGGGCUGUGGACUUCUUUGCUUAUGUUCCCGUCCUGGCUGCAGCCUGAGCUGCACGGAUUGAACUGUUUCCCAUUGUCUAGAGUAUUUGCUCUUGUGAGGAAGCGGUAAACAGAGUCACGGACCAUUGCCCAGCCUCCUAAUCAGGACCCACAAUUGAGCAACCAUGGGAAAGCUGGGGGGUCCAACUAUCUCUGUGGAAAAUUCGUUUCUGCUUUGUAAAGACCACAGAUGCCACUGAGCAAUCUUCCUUCCUUCCUUCCUUCCUUCCUUUUUUCCAGUACUAGGGAUGGAACCCAGGGUCUUGUGUUGAGCUGUGUUCCCAACCUUUUUUUGAAACUUUUUAUUUGUGGCAGAAUCUGACUAAGCCAUCAAAUUACCCAGGCUGGGCUCAAACUUGCAAUCCCUGCCUCAGCCUCCCAGAUGCUGGGAUUGCAGACGUGUGCCACCAUGCCUGGCUACAAUGGAGCCAUUUCUUCAGACACAUCUCAUCUCAGAGAAGCUUCUACACACACACUGUGACCUCCUUGGUUUUCCGAUUUGAAUACACACCCAGGGAAAGGCAUUUUCUAAGUCAGACUUUGAGAAGGCAUCUGGCAGGAGCAUCCUGUCCAGGUAAGGCCAGGACGGUGUGAGUAGACACUGGACCACACGCAGGUACUGUUGAGCACUGAGUGCCACAGUGCUUUGUCCAGAAUGGCCCAUAUGUUUCCCCCUGUCUUCCCCUCUCCAGUCAGUUGAUUAAUUCAAAGUCUGGCUAAUGGAACGUCUAACCCACAAGGAGAGCUAGAACCAGGGCCAGGAGGGCGUUGGCAGGGUGUAUCAGUGCUCCCCAGCACUUCUCAGCCUCCACAGGGCGCCCGGCUCCCAGCCCCCUCAAGGCUCCCAAGGGUGGGGGUUUUGGGGUUCUGGCAGUGAGGUUGGUGUGUGUUAAAGUGACUGCACACAGGGCACCAGCAGCACAAGGGUCAGACCACCCUGUCCCCUGGAGCUCCAGGCAGGCACCUGUGGAGCUGCAGGCGCAGUGCCCCUGCCCAGGAAUUGCUCCUGGGUGGGGCUGGCUUCUGGUCCUGGCAGAGAAGCUGGGCAGCGCCCUGCCAGCUGUGCAUGCCUCAUGCUUGUUUUCUGUCUUUGCACUUUGAUCAGCAAGGACGGGAGGCAGUGGUGGGCAAGAAUGUGAAGACAGACAGAAGAGAUGAAGUCUCUGCCACAGGGCGCUUCCUCAGAACCAGGAGCAGGGCGACUUAGCAGGAAGUCUGGGAGGUAGGCCACUGCCAGGCGUUGGGGAGCAUGUGAGCGGACCCGCACCAAGGACAGCAGAGCAGGUGGCCGGGGCCGGAAGUCGCUGCCCCUCACUGCCAGAGCACCUCGGUGGCGCCAGGGGCCUCGUGUCCCGGGAAAGCUGGGCGCCAGCCCUUCGUGUGAGCCCGCUGGGAGCAGAGAUGCACUUCGAACUGGCUGUCACUGCUGUGGGGGCAGCCCGCGCUCCUGGGCGGGGUGCAGCAAGGGCUCAGCAUGGGUUUCAAGUGAGACUCAAAAUGCAAAGAGAGAAAGGCACGCUGCCUCCUCUUGUCUGUCCCUGAGGCUUCUGCCCAAUGCGGGAAUGGCUCCCGGCUGCUCCGGCCCCGGGCAGGCGUUCCUGAGGUGCUCGGCUACAGCGGACACGGGGCCAUGGGAAGCGGGGGCUGUAGCAGGCUCCUUGGCUCUGCGCGUCAGUGUCCCUGACGCAGCAGCACUCCCAGCCUUGAAGGCGCCCUUGCAAGCAUCCUGGCCAACUGCACUGUGGCCUUUUCACUGUGUGUCGGUCCGCAGCUAGGUAACCCUCCCUGCCUGCAUCCUUCAAGUGCAUAAGCAGCUGUAAAAUGGAUUGGUCAGAAAAAAGUAACUGCAUGUAUUUUUUGUAUUUUCUCUUUUGAAUUUUUACUAACUUUGUAGAGCUUGGAAUAGUUUUUUGGGGGAGGGUAUAUCCUUUUAUUGGUACAUUUUAGGUGUACAAUAUAAUGACAUUCAUCAUUGGAAAUUUGCACCUUUACAUAGUCUCUCUUGGUCCUUAUUUUUCCCCCUUCUCCUGUCCGCCCUUCAACCCCUCCAUCUCUCCCUAUUUACUGUCCUGGC